GAUUGGUGGAGCGAGAGUGCUGGCCACCGCCGAUUGGUUUCGGAGGAAUCCGCCCCGUAGACGUCCGUGGGGCGCACAGUCUCAGUUGUCCGCUAGUUUCCUGCCGGCUGCUGGCAUUGCGUUGUAAUCAUGGUGGACGUGAUGGAGUCGCCCAAGGUGCGCAUCAACGCCAGCAUGCUAGCUCAGUUCAUAGACCAGCCCGUUUGCUUCGUAGGGAAGCUGGAGAAGAUUCAUCCCACUGGGAAAAUGUUUAUUCUUUCAGAUGGAGAAGGAAAAAAUGGAACUAUUGAGUUGAUGGAGCCUCUUGAUGAAGAAAUCUCUGGAAUCGUGGAAGUAGUUGGAAGAGUAACGUCCAAGGCAACCAUUAUGUGUGCAUCUUACGUGCAGUUUAAAGAAGAUAACCAUCCUUUUGAUCUUGGACUUUACAACGAAGCUGUGAAAAUUACCCAUGAGUUCCCUCAGUUUUUUCCUUUGGGGGUUGUGCAGUAUGGUUGAACUUGAUGAAUUUUUUAUGAUUGCCAAUGAGCUACAUUGAAGAUUAUUAAAGGAGGCCCCUGAUAUUUAAAGGAGAGAUUCCUGUGAUUUUUAAUACUAUUUGUUCUCUUUUUAAUUUCAUUUACCUAACGUUAUUAGAUAUUCCAGUAUGGCAUUUUCAACAGAACUGGUUUAUUGACAGUUCUCACCUAAGUCCUCAUAAAGAAUCAUUUCUCUGGCAUAUGGUCAGAUUGGAUGCAAGAAAAAAGCAGCUGGCUGAAUUUAGUUUUCUGUUUUAUUAAUAAAAGUUUAAAUGAUACA